AACGUACCAUCUACCAUGACCAGUAAACCUGAGGCUGAACCGCUACAUGGUUCAUCUCAUGCAGCAGAUGAAAAAAAAGCAGAAGAUGUUGCAACUGCAAUCUUAAAAAAGAAAAGAAAACCCAAUUCCUUGGUUGUUGAUGACGCUACGAAUGAUGACAAUUCUGUAAUUACAUUAUCUCCAAACACUAUGGAAACCCUCCAACUUUUCCGUGGAGACACAGUUGUCGUUAAGGGUAAAAGACGCAAAGACACUGUUCUUAUCGUUCUCACGGACGAGGAAAUGGAAGACGGUGUUGCACGUAUUAACCGUGUUGUUCGUAACAACCUGCGGGUUCGUUUGGGCGACAUUGUUAACGUCAAUCCCUGUCCUGAUAUCAAAUAUGCCGAACGUAUUUCCGUCUUGCCUCUCGCCGACACGGUUGAGGGUCUGACGGGAUCUCUGUUCGACGUCUACUUGAAGCCCUACUUUGUUGAGGCCUAUAGACCCGUUCGCAAAGGCGAUUUGUUUACCGUCCGUGGUAGCAUGAGACAAGUUGAGUUCAAGGUUGUGGACGUCGCUCCCGACGAGUUUGGUAUUGUUAGUCAAGACACUAUUAUUCACUGGGAGGGCGAGCCUAUCAAUCGCGAAGACGAAGAGAGCAGCAUGAACGAAGUCGGUUACGAUGACAUUGGAGGCUGCCGUCGUCAAAUGGCACAAAUCAGAGAACUCGUUGAGCUUCCCCUUCGUCACCCCCAACUUUUCAAGAGUAUUGGUAUUAAGCCCCCUCGUGGUAUUCUUAUGUAUGGUCCUCCCGGUACCGGUAAAACUCUGAUGGCUCGUGCCGUCGCUAAUGAAACCGGUGCAUUCUUUUUCCUUAUUAAUGGACCUGAAAUUAUGUCUAAAAUGGCCGGUGAGUCCGAGUCAAACCUCAGAAAAGCCUUUGAAGAAGCAGAAAAGAAUUCUCCGGCUAUUAUAUUCAUUGACGAAAUCGAUUCUAUUGCCCCCAAACGUGACAAGACGAAUGGUGAGGUUGAGCGUCGUGUUGUCUCACAGCUGUUGACGUUAAUGGACGGUAUGAAGGCACGUAGCAACAUUGUCGUUAUGGCCGCUACCAACCGCCCUAACUCCAUCGAUCCCGCUUUGCGUCGUUUCGGUCGUUUUGACCGUGAGGUUGAUGUGGGAAUUCCCGACCCUACUGGACGUUUGGAAAUCUUGCGUAUUCACACUAAAAACAUGAAACUGGCUGACGAUGUUGACUUGGAGCAGAUUGCCGCUGAGACCCAUGGCUACGUGGGUUCAGAUUUGGCUUCUUUGUGCUCUGAGGCAGCUAUGCAGCAAAUUCGCGAGAAGAUGGAUCUUAUUGAUCUGGACGAAGAUGAAAUUGAUGCCGAGGUUCUCGAUUCGCUCGGUGUUACGAUGGAAAACUUCCGUUUCGCGCUUGGUCAAAGCAACCCCUCUGCUCUUCGCGAGACUGUUGUGGAGGUUCCCGACAUUCGUUGGGAGGACAUUGGUGGUUUGGAGAACGUCAAGCGCGAGCUCCGCGAGACCGUCCAAAUGCCCGUCAUGCAUGCCGAGAAGUUCCUUCGCUUCGGUAUUUCGCCAAGCAAGGGUGUGUUGUUCUUUGGUCCUCCGGGUACCGGUAAGACCAUGCUGGCCAAGGCAAUCGCUAACGAGUGCUCCGCCAACUUUAUUUCCGUUAAGGGUCCUGAGCUUCUGAGUAUGUGGUUUGGUGAGUCCGAGUCGAAUGUCCGUGACAUCUUUGACAAGGCUCGUGCCGCAGCUCCCUGUGUGGUGUUCCUUGACGAGCUCGACUCUAUUGCCAAGUCGAGAGGUGCUACUGUCGGCGACUCUGGCGGUGGGGACCGUGUUGUCAACCAAUUGCUUACGGAGAUGGAUGGUGUCAAUAGCAAGAAGAACGUUUUCGUCAUUGGCGCUACCAACCGUCCCGAUCAAAUUGACCCUGCCCUGAUGCGUCCUGGCCGUCUCGAUCAACUCAUCUACGUUCCUCUUCCCGACGAGGAAGCCCGUCUGGGCAUCCUGUCAGCUCAACUGCGCAACACUCCUGUUGCCGAGGACGUUGACUUGCGCGCCGUCGCUGCCGCUACCCAUGGGUUCUCCGGUGCCGACCUGGAAUACAUUGUGCAAAGAGCCGUCAAAAACGCUAUCAAGGAAAGUAUCGAAGAUGACAUCAAACGUGAAGCUGAGGAAGGCGAGAACGCCGAUGACGUUGUCAUGGACGACGACGAGGGAUCAGUUUCCCAGGUCCAGCGUCGUCAUGUCGAAGAGGCAAUGAAGCACGCUCGCAGGUCCGUCAGCGAUGCCGAAGUCCGCCGCUACGAGGCGUUUGCCCAGCAGCUCCUGACGUCACGAGGCCUGACCGGUUUCCAGUUUGACAAUGCCGGCGGCAGUGCUGAAGCACCCGCUUUUGGUGGUGAUGAUGCCGAUGAUCUUUACGCCUAA